CCAUCUUCAUUUGAGAAUCGGUAAAUAGAUUUGCAUUUUCGUCGAACAGAAGAAUCAAGAGCGAGAAUGAGAAAAUUCGAUCCAUGGCCGGUGUUUUUCAGGAGAGAGUGGAACCGCAACUGGCCGUUCCUUGUUGGAUUCGCAGUUACUGGAGCCAUUAUCACUAAGCUCUCCCUCGGCCUCACUGAGGAGGACGCGAAGAACUCUCGAUUUGUGCAGAGGCACCAAGGGAAAUAAACAUGCAAUAACCUAAUCUUCUCGGUGAAUGAAGUUGUCGCGGUGAAGACAUUUUAUUUAUGGUUUUCUGGAUAGAUCAAUGACUAAUGUGAACCAUUGAUGUAAUAAAUUCACAAUUUUCUACCUUAUUUUUUUAAUUAAGUGUUUGCAUCUAUUCGAUGUAGUCGUUGGUAUGGGAUUCGGGUGGCAACAAGAAUGCCAUGAAUUUACAAUGAUUUAGAGACACUCUGAAUUCUGAAGUAUUAGAAUCAGUUGUCUUCAUAUGCAAUAAUAUUUUUUUGUGA